AAUUCAUGUUCUUAAAACAACCGCUCAUUACCCGAAAUGUCUGCUCGUCGCUUGGUCUAUUUCCCGCUUCGUCGUUGACGUGGAGUGGUUGCUAACGUGGCGUUGACGGGCACAAGUUUUUUUGCUGGUUCAUGUGGUUUGCCAUAGUGAUUCUUUGAACGCGCUUGUCCGCGUGACUAAAAUACUUAGAUAAGCUGGUGUUCUGUCAAUUCUUUGCUUGCCUCGAAGAGAACGACGAGUUUACUCUGAUUGGUGCGUCUUCGUGUGGCUUUGUCGGAGACAAAGAUUAAUAACGUGUGACAAGUUUAAUUGGGUACUGAACGCGCUCAUGCGAACUACUACAUCUCGAAGUCAAUACGGAUUGUCUAAAGUCUUCAACGCGGCCGCUACGCCGAUCGUCGAGCCUUUGCUGCGAGACCACAUCGCCUGACAUGGCGUUCUUCGUGGAACUGAACAAGUUCAUUCUGCAAUACGUGCAAGAGAGGGUCCGUAAUCGAAGACACGAGAUUGGCCGAACUUUAGAAAGCAUUGUUGCCAUCAUCAACGAUGUUCUUUCCUCUGUAGAAAGUCUCGAACCCAGAUUUAUAUCUUCCUUCAAGAAGGAAAAUGGCCGCUACUCUGGGCUUCGCGUCAUCACCUCGACCCGCUUUGAACUGCAUCUGUUCUUGAAUCAGAUGGGGGUGUUUAACUUCAUCGACGAUAACUGCCCGCCAGGUUGUGCGAUGCUCAAGCUCAGCGACGAGCGAAAGCGUUCGAUGUCGCUUUGGACCGAAUUUAUCACGGCGUCUGGUUAUCUGUCGGCGAGGAAGAUGAGAGCUAGGUUCCAUUCGCUUGUGGCCGAAGCCGUUUUGAGAUGUUCCGCCAGGGAACAGGUUCGAGUCCAACGCGGAGUGUCGUCUACCGUGCUCGUGAUCAGAGACAAGUAUACACUCAGUCUUAUUCCUGCGUUCAAAUGUGGCGCGAUAUGGCCGCGAAACGUUUGUGUUUGGCCAACGAAUGACCAGCUCUGGCCAUCGCAGUCCGAGAUCGAAGUGGUGAAACGUCGGGGCUUCAACCUUCUCGCUGGCGACAUGUUCCCAGGUUACGAGACGCAGGCGGCCGAAGGUGACGCGUGGGUUUUAGAUUUUUCUGAAGGUGAAGACGUGCUCUUGCGAGGAAGUUGCCGUAAACAAUGUUUGGCCAUACUAAAGACUUUGUUCGAGAGACACUUGGAUCUUCCGGGAAAACCUAUUCAACCUUUACUUAUGAAAACAUUGCUUUUGUACGAGUGUGAGAAACACCCGCGCGAAGACGAAUGGGACGAGACAUCGCUCGGCGAGCGCAUCAACGGCAUCUUGCUGCAGUUGGUGUCGUGUCUACAGUGCCGUCGCUGCCCGCAUUUCUUUCUGAAAGGCGUCGAUUUGUUCGUCGGUAAAUCGCGCGAGGUCCUGAACAAUGCCGCGCAUCAAGCAUGGAGGCUUACUCGCGCAAUAACAACGAAUCCCAAUUCUACGGAAAUAUUAUGAAAUAUAAAAGAAUGUGUAUAAAUAUAUAAAUGUGUAUAUUUAAAAAAGAUAUAUAUAAUAAUAUACUAGAAAUGUAGGCUAUAUGAAAAUAAGAAGAACACUAUCCUAUGAUGCAUGCAUGCAUAUAUAUAUAUAUGUUUCAAUAAAAAAGGUUUAUCUUUAAUAACGCGCUGCUGUAUUGCAGUCCGAAAUGAUUCUUUGCCUUUAAACAACACAUAAUCGAUAAGAAAAGCAAACGUUAAUCCCAUUAAAUUAUUCGUGUGUG